UCCAUUUCCCUUAGCGCAAACAAAUGUGAGAUCUUUCUUCAAGGACUAACAAUAAACGACCUACAAAUCGCCCUUAGACCCGAUGUCUAGUAUAUUAUCAGCGCAAAAUUAAUCUCUUAUCACGUCUAGAUAGUCUUGUUGAGAUACACUACACUUGGCUGUGUUGGUAUAAUAAGCUUGGUCGUUUCGGCUGUGGCAAGUCAUUCAGCGUGAGAAACGGUACCAUUUCCUAACGAAGCGAUAUUAUUGUUCCCGAUACCAGGCAUUGUCUGGAAUUUUCUUAGGUUUGUCUUUAGAAGCAGUUGCCUCCAAAAAAUAAGAUCCUAGAAUUCGUACUGUGGCAGUUCGGCUAUACAGGCAACACGGGAUCAGCACUUGGGGCAAAACACCACACUCAAGAAUAGCCUUGCGCUAGAGUGGCGCAGUGCCGAGUAAUGCGUUACUUGUCUUAGCCUCGCCGGCUCAUAACAACCGGCGGGUUUCAACUUCUACAACAAAACAACCCAAAACCACGUCGCGCAACUAUCGCCAUGGGUUACUUCGAGUCCAGCGACACACAGAAUGGCGAUGAUGUUGUAAAAGACAAGCGUCCGCGUAUUCUGUGUCUCCACGGUGGCGGCGUGAACAGCGAGAUUUUCGCUACUCAGUGCCGCGCGCUCAUCAAACAACUCUCCGAGUUUCGUCUUGUAUUUGCUGAUGCGCCAUUUACCAGCGAAGCAGGUCCAGGAAUAUUGCCUACAUUCAAAGACUUUGGGCCUUUCCGUCGCUGGCUGCGAUGGAAGUCGAGCCAACCGGAGCUCUCGGAUGACGAGGCGGCGACCGCGCUGGUCAAGGCGAUUGAAGACUGCAAAGCGUCGGAUGCGGGAUCCGGCAAAUGGCUGGGAAUUCUGGGUUUCAGCCAAGGAGCGAAGAUUGCAGGCAGCCUGCUAUACAAUCAGCAGCGCGGUGGCGAAGGUGAUUACAAGUUUGGCGUGCUUAUGGCUGGACGAUCGCCGUUUGUCAACCUCGGACGCGAACCGCACAUGUCUCUGAUUGGUGCUGGGGUCAUUUCUCGAAGUGCUUCCGAAUUGCCAUUGCCUGAGAAGAAGUUGCAGAUCCCGACGGUCCAUGUCCUUGGUCUGCGUGACGCCGACGUUGAGUGGCAUCGCUCCAUGGCGCACGGUUUCUGCGAGGACCCGCGGAUUGUGGAAUGGGACGGCGGUCACCGGAUUCCGAUUAAACCCGUGGAUGUUACGGCCGUUACCGACGAAAUUCAUGCCAUUGUUGAAGAAUUAGAGUUGCUUUAGAUUACCGACUGGGUUCGAUGCAUAGACUACUAGCUGCCGGCAUUAGAUGGGCGGGGAUUGUUUUAGCGUGGCGUGUCAGUUGACUUUUUUUUCUUCUUUAGAUAAUAUUACAAUGCUUCUAUACAUAUACCGAACCCAUAAAUAUUUUUGUCUAGUAACGACACUUCUUACAGAAUUACGAUCUUUAAGUUACCGCCAGAACAAGACAAACAAUGCUCUCAGG